AAAAUUUGGACUGAAGUCGUAUAAAUGCUUAAUUGAUUGAAAAUGGGCGCGGCAGAAAGGUUAUGGGGCAGAAAUUGCAGAGGAUAUGAAGCAGGAGAAUGGGGAGCGAUGCUGACGUCACGCCCAUCAGAGGCUCAUGCGAGCAAAUAGGACUGAAGCUAAACAAAUCUUCUAGAGACGCACUCCCAUAUAUAUCUAUCGACGACAAUGAUGGCGCCAUACGCAUUUUUUGCUUCCUUGUUCGCCUCGAAUUACCCUUCUUGCCGUAUCCGCCACCUCUUGUUCUUGUUAACCUUACUGUACCUCGUCUUGGUAUUCAUCGGAUUUUUGCCGCCUAGGGCUCAGCUGGAAAUUCGCAAAGCGUUUUUGGCAUGGACAAUAUUUGGAAGAAUCGAAGGCUAAAAGCUUUUGCUACGAGUACAACUCAUGGAGAUGUUGUAUUACCAAACCAUAUUAUUCAUUUGGAGGAUGAACCAGAUCAUCUUGUUGUCCUUGUUCAUGGAAUCUUGGCAAGCACAAGUGAUUGGACUUAUGCACAAGCAGAAUUGAAGAGACGGCUGGGAAGAAAUUUUUUGAUUUAUGCAAGUUCUUGCAACACAUAUACCAAAACAUUUACUGGGAUUGAUGGAGCUGGAAAGCGGCUGGCAGAUGAAGUCAUGCUAGUUGUGGAAAAGUCAGAGAGCCUAAAAAAGAUUUCUUUUGUGGCCCAUUCACUUGGCGGGUUGAUUGCAAGAUAUGCAGUUGCUGCUCUUUAUACUCCGAACAUAUCUAGCAAUCAGUCCCAAGAUAUGGUUGCUUCAAGUGCUGCAAAUGGGAAGCCAGUAUGCUCUUCAAAUAAAGGAUUGAUUGCUGGGCUAAAACCAAUUAAUUUUAUCACCUUGGCUACCCCCCAUCUUGGAGUCAGAGGUAACAAACAGCUUCCAUUUCUCUUUGGAGUACCCAUCUUAGAAAAACUUGCUGCACCAAUGGCCCCAUUUUUUAUUAGGCAAACUGGUAGGCAGCUCUUCCUUACAGAUGGAAAACCAAAUAUGCCACCUCUUCUAUUGAGAAUGGCAUCGGAUUGUGAAGAUGGGAAAUUUAUAUCUGCACUUGGUGCUUUCACAUGCCGUGCCAUUUAUGCAAAUGUGUCUUAUGAUCAUAUAGUUGGUUGGCGUACAUCCUCUCUAAGAAGGGAGACAGAGCUUCGCAAGCCCCCUAAACGAUCUUUGGUUGGCUACAAGCAUGUUGUAGAUGUCGAAUAUUGUCCUCCAGUUUCAUCGGAUGGUCCUCAUUUCCCUCCCGAAGCAGCCAAAGCAAAGGAGGCUGCCCAAAAUGAACCCAGCCUGCAGAAUACACUAGAAUACCAUGAAAUCAUGGAAGGUAAGGAAAUGACACGCGGCUUGCAACAAUUAGGGUGGAGGAAAGUCGAUGUUAGCUUCCACUCAGCAUUCUGGCCUUUCUUUGCUCAUAAUAAUAUACAUGUGAAGAAUGAAUGGCUUCAUAAUGCUGGAACUGGAGUCAUUUCUCAUGUUGCAGACACCAUAAAGCAACAAGAGAAGCUACAAGCACGAUCCAACACAUUCAUUUCUGCCAACUUGUAAUCCCCGGCCUGUACUUACAUUACAAUAUUAUUACGCUUGUGUGAGACCUGUAAUACUUUUUACUUAAAAUGUAAUAUUUUUU